CAGUGGUAAACUAAAUAAAACAGUAAUAUACUUCAGUGAUAAAGUAAAUAAAACAGUAAUAAAAUUGUUAAUUAAUGUUUGACUUUUGUGUUUUGCUGGAGGGAUUUUCAAGCUAUAGUGUUUUAUGAAUGAGGAGUUAAAACAUCCCAGCUUGAGGGAAAGAAUUCCUUCAUUUCUUGAAUUCACAAAGAGUUAGUAUAACAAACUUUUGAUAGCUCACGAGUGCAUGGGUAAAGCUGGCCAAUGCAAAGAGUACCUGCAGGAAAAUACAAUCUUUUUCAUCAUUUUCCUAGGGAUAAAUCUUCUUCUAAAAUACUACUUUCUAAGGUACAGGUGGAUUGCAGGCAUUCUGUAUAUCAUCUUAUUACUGGCAACUUUUCAUGAGUAGGGAUUUAUGAGCUGGCAGGUGAUGAUAUGCAGUUUUGCCCCCGUAUCCCUUUCCUACAUUUCAUCAUGAAGCCCUUAAUUUUGUAAUUAUGUCCCAGAUGCAGAGUGUACUUUGUGACACCCCUUCCAAGUGGGCAGAUGUUCCUAAGCAGAUCUCUCUGUCGUGAAGGAACCUCCCUUGGGUUUAGCACUGUCAGACUGCAUUAAAAGGAGAUAUAAAAGGUAAGAAGCAGAUGUGUAGUGCUAUUUCUGUUUGACACACUGUCCCUCUAUCCAAUGUGUUCUACUGGUACAGCAACACUCGGCCAACAGGCUAAUGAAUGGAGCCUGCAGAAUAAAUCGUUAACCUGUAACCUCACCCAGGCUGCAUGCAGUCUAUUAAGUCUGUACUCCUAUGAUUCACGCUCUUGUGUUCACUGCUGCUGCUGCAUUUGUUGUUUGGCUUUAUUUUGCUCCCAGUAUUACACAGUGGCCUCAGGACCAAAAUACCAAGGUGAGGAGACCUGCACUGGCGGGAGGGGAGGAGGAGGCUAUGAGGGACAGUUCGUGACCUGUCGACUUACUUGCACGAGGAGGACAGAAGCAUCUCUUUUUGUCUCUUUGCACUGACGGCCUCAGAGCACAUCUGCGUCACAUGCAGGGGAGGGGGCGGCUUGGUGAGAGGCGCUGAGAUAGAAAAUUGAACACUGAGGACCUUGACAGCCUCACGGGCGUGAUUUUUUUUUUUUUUCUCCUACGUACAGUGUAUAUAAAGGAGCCCCGCUUCCUCUCUGUGCCAGCUCUCGGGCUUUGCCAUCCCAGAUAACUGCAGGCAUGGGACUCCCCUGAGGAAUGGGAUGGGAAGGCGGGAGGUGGAGAGAGGCUUCCAGGUGACUUUUCCCUCUCUGGCUGCACUCGGUCACGGAGCUCUAAGAGAGUGAGGAAGAGCCAGCUGCCUCCCACGGUGGCUGCUGCCGCCGCCGCCGGUCUUCUCCGGGCUGUAGCUCCGCUCUGUUCCCCGUUAAUCAGAUUAGCGCGUCUUCGCAGCCUCCCUCACCCGCGCUUCCCUCGCAAGUGCCUGUCUCCCCUGAGAGGUGUCUCUCAUUUCUGCCUCUCUCUCCUCCCCUUUCCACUGAUCGCCGUGCAAUUCUCGUCAGCUCUGGCCAUCUCCCCUCUCUCUCCUUCUCCCUUCCCUGCUCGGUGUCUCUACCUCCUCUCGGCUCUGUGCCUCUCCCCAUCCACCCUCCCUCCCUCUCUCCCUGCGCUGCCGUGUGCGCGCAUCUCUCUCCUCCCGGCGGCUACCACCCCUCGCCCUACAGGCGCAGCGCUACCCGGAGGAACCGCCGCCGCUGCCGGGAGCGUGGCCGCCCCGCGCCGCCGCCGCCGCCGCCCGGCCCUGCCUGGCCGCCGUGAGUCCCGCCUCAGCCCGCGGCCGUCCCCCGCCCGCCGCGGCACCAUGUCCGGCUCCGGCAGGAAAGACUUCGACGUGAAGCACAUCCUGCGCCUUCGCUGGAAACUGUUCAGCCACCCCUCGCCGGCGGGCGGCCCGGCGGGGGGCGGCUGCCUGCCGCCCGACAGCAGCUUCGAGCACUGGGGGCCCAGCCAGAGCCGCCUGCUGAAGAGCCAGGAGAGAGGCAACAGCGCCUUCUGGAAGAAAUCCGCCUCCUCCGCCUCCUCCUCGGCGGCCACCACGGCCGGCCCGCCCAACGGGACGCUGCUGCCCGCCGGCGGCCGGCCGGCCGGGGGGCACGGGCCGGGGCACGGCCACGGGCCGGGGCCGCCGCCGCCGCCCCGCACCGUCUUCUACGUGGAGUCCCUGGAGGAGGAGGAGGAGGAGGAGGAGGCGGCGCCCGGUGGGAUGGAGGUGGCCCGGGAGCCCGAGAAGCCCCUGGCGCCGCCGGAGCGGGAGGAGGCGCCGGGGGGCUGCGCGGAUGGAGGCAGCCGGGCAACAGGUGACGGAGGCGGGCACAGACUGUCAGGAGCGAGCCACCCCUUGCCACCCCACUGCGACAUGGAUUCAUGUAGCUCUGAGGAAUUCUACCAGGCUGUUCACCAUGCAGAGCAAACCUUCAGAAAGAUGGAGAGCUACCUGAAGCAACAGCAGCUCUGUGAUGUUAUCCUCAUUGCUGGGAAUCGCAAGAUACCUGCACAUAGACUUGUCCUCAGUUCUGUCUCUGACUAUUUUGCUGCCAUGUUUACAAGUGAUGUUUGUGAAGCCAAGCAAGAAGAGAUCAAAAUGGAAGGCAUAGACCCUAAUGCACUGUGGGAUCUUGUUCAGUUUGCAUAUACAGGCUGCCUGGAAUUGAAAGAAGACACCAUUGAAAAUCUUCUAGCAGCUGCCUGCCUCCUCCAGCUCCCACAAGUAGUAGAGGUUUGCUGCCAUUUUCUAAUGAAGCUUUUGCACCCAUCCAACUGUCUGGGAAUACGAGCAUUUGCUGAUGCGCAAGGAUGCACAGAGCUUAUGAAGGUGGCUCACAACUACACCAUGGAGAAUAUAAUGGAAGUUAUAAGAAAUCAAGAAUUUUUACUUCUACCGGCUGAAGAGCUCCAUAAACUUCUUGCUAGUGAUGAUGUGAAUGUUCCUGAUGAAGAGACCAUUUUCCAUGCCUUAAUGAUGUGGGUGAAGUAUGAUAUGCAGACGCGAUGCAAUGACCUAAGUAUGCUACUUGCUUAUAUCAGAUUACCACUGCUUCCACCUCAGAUAUUGGCUGACCUAGAAAACCAUGUGCUUUUUAAGGAUGACCUAGAAUGCCAGAAGCUUAUUCUGGAAGCCAUGAAAUACCAUCUUUUACCAGAGAGAAGAACUCUCAUGCAAAGUCCAAGAACUAAACCUAGGAAAUCUACAGUUGGGACACUUUAUGCUGUUGGAGGAAUGGAUAACAACAAAGGUGCUACAACUAUUGAAAAGUAUGAUCUCAGAACAAAUAUAUGGAUUCAGGCUGGAGUGAUGAAUGGCAGGAGGCUUCAGUUUGGUGUUGCUGUCAUCGAUGACAAGCUGUUUGUCAUUGGAGGCCGGGAUGGUUUAAAGACAUUAAACACUGUUGAAUGUUACAAUCCAAAGACCAAGGCUUGGACUGUGUUACCACCAAUGUCAACACAUAGGCAUGGCUUAGGAGUUACAGUGCUUGAAGGGCCUAUUUAUGCAGUGGGAGGACAUGAUGGUUGGAGUUAUUUGAAUACAGUUGAGAGGUGGGACCCUCAAAGUCAGCAGUGGACAUUUGUGGCAAGUAUGUCAAUUGCCAGAAGCACUGUUGGAGUAGCAGCAUUAAAUGGCAAGUUAUAUUCAGUUGGAGGUCGGGAUGGAAGUUCGUGUUUGAGUUCAAUGGAAUAUUAUGAUCCUCACACAAAUAAAUGGAAUAUGUGUGCUCCUAUGUGUAAGAGAAGAGGAGGUGUAGGAGUGGCUACAUGUGACGGCUUUCUUUAUGCAGUUGGAGGGCAUGAUGCUCCUGCUUCUAACCAUUGUUCCCGACUGCUGGACUAUGUAGAAAGGUAUGAUCCAAAAACUGAUACAUGGACAAUGGUGGCUCCGCUGAGUAUGCCUCGAGAUGCUGUUGGUGUCUGUCUCCUUGGUGACAAAUUAUAUGCAGUAGGGGGCUAUGAUGGUCAAACAUAUUUGAACACUAUGGAAGCAUAUGACCCUCAAACUAAUGAAUGGACACAGAUGGCUUCCCUAAAUAUUGGAAGAGCUGGUGCCUGUGUUGUAGUCAUCAAACAACCAUGACUUUGUCAGCACUGCUUAGGAUUUUACUGACUGUGAAAUUAUUAUUUUUCUAUCAGACAACGAAAAUAAUAACUACAUGAGAAUAGGCAUUUACACAGUGAAUACUCUGUUGAUCACAGACCUGAAGAAGUUUGGAAGUGGGAAAGAUUAAGUAUUUAUGCCCUAUAAAAAGCAUAAAAACUGUUCACAGUCAGUGAACAAGAAAAAAAAUCAGGCUGUUGUAGGUGUAAAAGUCUGAACGGGUUCUCAUGUUCAGGUACUGUUCUCAUGAAUGUGUCCUGGAGCACUGGAUAAUCAAGGGACAGCGGUACACAAGGAGCAGGAGGGAAUACGAGAAGAGUUUUCAUGGCCGCAACAGUUUUAACUGCGGAAACAUUAAAGUACAUUUAAUCACUUUUAAACUGUGUUUUUUAAAAGAGAAAAGUAGAUAGUAAUGUAAGAUUUUUCUCUUCAGGUCUUGUCUUCAAAUGGGUUAUGGCUUCUCAUUUAAACAGGCAGUUUGGUUCUUACUGAAGGAAAGAGGUAGAAAAGUCUGGAUAUUCAAGUUUCAUUCAUAAUGACUGAGCUGUUGCUCUACAGUAGGAAGAAAAACAAAACUAGAAGUAAACCUCCAAGAUGAGGUUUUUUUCUAAUUUCAGAUUAUACCUCCUUGCCAGUGUUAAUGCAUCUUAUAAGUGAGUUUAUUGAAGGGAAAGCCUGUGUGUUUAAUCUAAUUAUACACAAAGCAAUUCUUUGGCUGCACUGGGGCUUUGUUGCAAAUAUGGGAGUCAAAAGAACAGUUUCCCAAUUCUUUCUUAAUCUUAUAUUCUAUUUAAGCAUGUGGGCUCUGAUGUCAUUGUUUAGCGUAUCUUCUGCAUGUUGGAAGCUCAUGAAAAGCUGGCAAAUUUAUACUGUUCCUUCACUGCAUCAUGUAACAGAUGAACCAUGACCAGAACAGUCUAUAGAGCUUCUUCUAACAUUUCAAGAGGGAUAAAAAUACUAUAUUUUAUUUCUUUCUGAUGCUUGGACAUACACAUCUUUGCCUGAUUAGAGCCGCCAAUUUAUGACUUUCCACUUAUGACUGAGAACAAGCUGCAAGUAGGGAAUUCAGUCAGAAUAAAUGCAGGUGAAUUAAGGAAAAUUAGACCAUUUGAUCUAAUAAAGUUCAUAUGGCAAAUA